AUGAGGCUAAACAAGUCUGAUGCCGCUUUUGCAGCUUGGAUUUUACAAGUGGGAGAUGGAAACUCUAUGUCAGCAACCACAAACCCUGAAGAACAUGUUGCCGGUUUUAGAAUAGCUAUGGAGGAAUGUUUAAUGUUACCAAACAUGGGGAACCACCUAGAAGCAAUUUCAACUGCUGCAUAUCCAGGACUCGGUCUAAGGAUAAUAGAGGCAGAGAUACUCACUGGAACUCAUGUUGGUGAAAGAGUCCUCAUCCCAAGGAUUGUCCUGUCUCCAAAUGACACCAAGUAUCCUUUCACCUUACGUAGGAAGCAAUUCCCAAUAAGAGUGUGCUAUGCAAUGACUAUUAACAAAAGCCAAGGCCAAAUUUUGAAGCAAGUCGCUCUUUACUUACCACAAUCAGUGUUCACACACGGCCAGUUGUACGUUGCUCUUUCCCGUGUAACCUCAAAUGCUGGAUUGAAAAUCCUAGAUGCAACAUCAGAGAAGAAUGGUACUGGAGGGGUCAUGAAUAUAGUCUACAAAAAAGUCUUCAAUAACAUAAACACUUAA